UCGCACGGUAGCAGUGGCAACUAUACCAGAGACCAUCACCCCUCAUUGCACAGAUCCUUAAACGGUCGAUAAUUUUGGAGGCUAAUAUUGGAUAUGAUUCAAGCUUUGUUUGGAGGAGUCUGAUGUCAGUGCAAGAUUUCCUUCAUAAGGGGGCUAAGAUGGCGAAUAGGGAAUGGAGAUUCGGUCAAUAUUUGGGGGGAUAGAUAGAUUCCCAACCGGGAUGGAGCCUACGUAACAUCUGUCCCACGAGGACUGCCAGUGGAGGCCCGGGUUAGGGACCUGAUCGAUCCGAUCACGGAUCAGUGGCAUGAUAACUUACUUGGAGUUGCUUCCCAACUGAGAUUGCCCAGUCAAUCAGACAGAUCCCGUUGCGCGGAGCUGAGGAGAAAGACAUACUGAUAUGGGACUCGAGUAGGGAUGGGAAGUAUUUGGUUAAAGAGGGCUACAGAUUCUGGCUGAAUGAGUUUAGGCAGGAGCAUGAUAUUUUACAUCAUGGUGAGGAAGAUCGAUGUGUUGAAGAAACUAUGGGAUAUGAAAGUAGCACCAAAAAUAAAACACUUCCUAUGGAGAUUUGUACGAGAGGUGUUGCCAACAGGAGAUCAUUUUAGCGAGAAGAGUCAGCGACGCAGUGACAAGUGUCUGUUUUGGAGAUUUUCAGUGGUCGUGCCUCCCGCAUUUGGAGGGCAUCCGAGCUAGUUGACUGUUUCGACUACAAGCCGGUGGAGAAUUGUUUCUAGUGGUUGAGGGAGGUGAUUGACUUCGGGGACGAUGAGAAGUUGGAAGGGUGGGGGAGUUCUCUUAUGGUUCCUAUGGAAAGAGAGGAACACCCACCUUUUCAACGAAUGGGCGAAAUACUACUUGGCGGACUACAAGGUUCAUUAGCAAAAUAAGGAGGCACCAAUUCAUCUACCCGUGGCUACGAUGUGGAAAGCCCCUGGACUAGGGAAGUUCAAGGUUAAUACGGAUGCAUGCUUUGUGGAGGAUGGACAUGUGGUUUUUGGGGACGGCGAUACGAGGUGAGAAUGGAAGAUUUUUACUUGCAGCAAUGAAGAAGGUGGUAGGGUGCUUUGAUGUCGAAAUGGGGGAGGCUCUAGCUGCUGAAUUUGGUUUACAAAUGGCUCUCCAAUUUCAAGUCAUGAACACCAUCCUUGAGUCUGAUUGCCUGACUUUGAUAAAUUGGCUUCAGCAAGCGAACAGAGGUGGGUAUGGUGGGAAGAAAUAUUCGGCGCAUGCUGGUGGAAAUGGGAAUGGAACUUGGAAUCAUGUGAGACGUACUGCGAAUGAAGCUGCACACCUGAUGUCUCGGUCCGCUACUAGAGACUUGGAAGCAAUUGUUUGGCUCGAUAGGCCUCCUGUGUUUUUAAUUGAUCAGUUACAGCACGAUAAUGUAACGGCUUCGACUGAUUAAUAAAGUUUCAACAGGUUUUCCGUAAAAAAAAAAACACAUCAACAUUGAAAUUAUGUAAAGUCUACAUUUAGAAAUUUUUGAAAACUCAAAUAAUUCAAAUCAACAUAUUUUUGGAGAAGAACUCGAAUACAAUUCGGAGAAUCAUAGCUCCGCAAAUUAGGAGUGGGCAACGGGACGGGACUGGGUACCCGUCCCGUUUGAAACGGGUACCUAAUCCCAUUUGAAGUAGAAAUUUCAUCCCAUGUCCCAAACCCGUACAGGUUAACGGGUACCCAUUACCCGUACGGGACGGAUAACGGGUACCCGCGGGUAACCCGUAAUUCUCUUCCUCUUCCCCAAUCUCAAACAAAUCAUUUGUCCGCCAUUUUUCUAGAGCAGAGCAGUAAGAACAGACCGAAAACCUGUGCGGAUUCAAUGAUCCGUAGCCUCCAUUAAUUUCCACUCCCUAGCUUGUUAUCCACAAGACCGCUGCUCGGUUCAUAGUUCCGACGAAUUAGAGUUAAGCUGAUUAUACCAAUUAAGACUUCUUUGUGGUCUUCUGUUUUAUCUAAUAAAUUUAAAAUGUAUUU